UCAACAAACUCUAUUAUACAAAGUGCAAUCGAAGAACAAAUAAAAUUGUAUUUUAAUUACUUCUUACAAACUUUAGACGCAAGCGCGUAAAACUUUUACAACAACCAAGCUUUGAUAUCUAAAGCUUUUAGUAUCAUUUUAUAUUCGAAAGAAUAAUAAUGUCUUCUAAAUCAAAUGAAGAUUCAAUAAAAUUUUAUAAUAGUGACUAUAUCAUUGAUUCUUGUAGGCCAAUAGCAAUAGUUGUUGGUUUAUGGCCAAUUAAUUAUCAAAUAUCAAAAAAAAAAAAAAUUAUUACCAUUAUUUUAAAUUUCAUUGCAAUUACAUUAAUGUCACUUCGUCUAAUAUCAAAUAUUCUUUAUGGAAUAUUUGAAUUAAAAACAUUAGCACAAAAAGCACAAAUAGCAGGUCCUGCAUGUUUUCAAAUAGCAAAUAUUUCUAAAUAUUUAUUAAUUUUAAUAAAAGGUGAAAAAAUUGAAAAAUGUUUUCAAAUUGUCAAAGAAGAUUGGUGUCGUAUUGAAAAUAAUGAGCAACGAGAAGUGAUGAUGAAACAUGCAAAAUUUGGACGUUAUAUAAUUAUUAUUUGUACAAUUUUUAUUUUUUUUGGUGGAUUAGGUUAUAAUUUAAUAACACCAUUAACAAGUAAUUCAAUAAUUACACAUAUGAAUAUAUCAGUUAAACCAUUUCCAUCACCGAUUUAUGGAAAAUUUUUUACAAGUGGUUUAUCACCAAUUUAUGAAAUUGUUUUCUAUUCACAUAUUUUAGUUGCAUUUUUUUUAUAUAGUGUUACACCAGUGGCAUUUAGUUUUGUUGCAAUGUUAACAUUACAUGCGUGCGGUCAAUUUGAAAUUGUUAUUCUUUAUUUAAAAAAAAUUCUUAAUAACAUUGAUGAUGACAAAAAUUCGAUUCAUGAGAAAUUUGUCAUUGUUGUCAAUUCACAUUUGCGUGUGAUAAUUUUUGUUGCUAAAUUAGAAGCUGUAUUCACAGAGAUAUGUUUAAUUGAAAUAAUGGGUUGUUCAAUUGAUUUGUGUUUACUGGGAUAUUAUAUAAUAAUGUGUGCCAAACAAUCGAAUUAUUCACAAUUAAUAACAUUUAGUUUUCUUUUCUCAUCGUUUCUUUUUAAUAUUUUCAUUUAUUGCUAUAUUGGAGAGAUGCUUACACAUCAGGCUAAAAAAGUUGGAGAAAGUUGUUUUUUGAUAAAUUGGUAUCUUUUACCAAAGAAAACAUUGAAGGAUUUGAUUUUUUUUAUUAGAUGUGCACAAUCGUCAACUAAAAUAACAGCUGGAAAAAUUAUUACAUUGUCAUUUUCCACAUUUGGAUCGGUUAUAAAAACAGCAGGUGCAUAUUGUAAUGCGCUUUGGAAAAUGACAAAAUAAAAUCUAUUAAAUUAAAAAAAAAAAAAAAAUUUUAUAGAAACAAACAUAAUGGAAAGUUUAUGUAAAUAUAUGUGUAUAUAGUAGAAAUCAAUCAAAAUGAAAAUAAAAAAAAUAUAU